AUGGCGAGGACACUGAAGCUUCAGUGUUUAGCCAGCUAUACAUGGGCCUACUUCCGUCAGGGUGUUGCUCUGCAGUACCUGGGUCGUCAUGCCGACGCCCUCGCAGCCUUCGCCUCCGGCCUCGCCCAGGACCCCAAGAGUCUCCAGCUGCUGGUCGGCAUGGUGGAGGCCGCCAUGAAGUCGCCCCUCAGAGACUCUCUCGAGCCGACCUACCAGCAGCUCCAGAAGAUGAAGCUGGAUAAAAGCCCGUUCGUGGUCGUCUCCGUCAUCGGCCAGGAGCUGCUGACUCACAGUUUCCACGGCGCCUCCGUCGUCGUGCUGGAGGCGGGACUUAAGAUCGGCACGUGCUCCCUAAAGCUGCGCGGAUCCGUCUUCUCCGCCCUAAGCUCCGCCUACUGGUCCCUGGGAAACACCGAGAAGAGUAUGGCGUACAUGCAGCAGGACCUGGAGGUGACCAAGACUUUAGGUGAUCAGUCAGGUGAAUGCAGAGCUCAUGGGAACCUUGGCUCCGCCCUCUUCUCUAAAGGAAGUUACAGAGAAGCUCUGGCCAAUCACAGAAACCAGCUGGUGCUAGCUAUGAAGCUCAAGGACAGAGAG